AUGCGACUCGCUGUCGCUUUCAUCUGUGCCCUCUUUGCAUGGAACAGCGCAGCAACAUCCAACGUUACCAUUGACGAUGCAUUUGGUAACCCAAAUACUGGAGGCCACAUUUUAUAUUUUCCUUCUACAUCUUGGCAACGCGGAGAUGGCUGCACAACAUGUGCAGCAAAGCCACCUGCGGGCACCGGUGCAUACAGGGGAACGUGGCAUGAAGCGUUGUUUGAACCUGCGAAUACGUCUACGCCGAACAGUAACAACGGAAAAAUAAUUAGCGCUUCAGCGACCUUUACAGGAACCGCUGUGUAUGUGAACUGUAUACUGACUGGUUCGACUGCCAAUCCCAAUGGCAACACGGACCUAACGUUUUUCCUCGACGGCAACCAAGCCGGUACUUUCCGACAAAAUCCAAAUGGCGACACAACAUACAGACUACAAACUGUCUUUGCUGCAGCCGGCCUUUCGGACGCGCAACACACUAUACGACUUGAGACCGGUAAUGCUGGACAGGAAGCGCUUGUCCUUUUGGAUUCGAUUAUAUACACGUCGCAGGAUGAUUCAGUAGAAACCACCACUAUUUCGGGAUGGACGAGAGGUGUAAAUAUCCCUCCGAGUAUUUCACCUCCGGCCGAGACCGUCACCGGUAGUUCCAAUUCCGGUGGAUCAGGCUCCAAGACAAAUGUGGGAGUGAUCGUCGGGCCCAUCUUUGCAGUGAUAACCAUCGGCGUCCUUGUCAGCAUUUGGAUUUGUCUGCGGAAACGACCUCGAAGUCGAAUACUAGUAUCUGAACCCCCCUCAAGUUGCCGACAGUCGAUAUGCACAUCCAAUACGCAAUAUCCUAGAUCACAUAAUCCCUCAAGUUACGAGCAGUCAUCAUACACGUCCUACCUACAGUAUCCUAAAUCAUAUACGGAAGGUGGGACGUACUCGGAGGUCUCGGGGUAUGGCACCUAUUCUGCGGUAUCGUACAUCACUCCCAAUCCUAAUUCGUCUGUCGCUGCGGAAGUACGAGGGCCUACGAGAGCGCCCGUCCCACAGCCAGCACCGUCCUGGGCACACCCUCAUACCAUGAUUUUGCAAGAACCCAGAAGAGCCGUUCCUGCUCGCCAUAUUCCACGCUCGUGUCAGAGUGAUAUCGUUUGA